AUGUCAGAUGGAGUUUGGAAGCAAGUUCCGCCCAGGGAAAAAAUUCACAGUAAUCCGGAAAUUGUGGAAGAUCAUAAUGGAGCUCCCUGGCUAGAGAUGCCAUGUGACCAUCCACGUGUGGUUCAGCAUUCUCGUUAUCAGUUACAAUCGUGGAGAGUAAAUGGGGAUGUAAGCUUGAUUCUUUCCAAUUCCCCUCCGGACAAUCCUAGCACAGAUGAUAUCAUAGCCAUAAUUGACUAUGUCUGUGGAUAUGCUUGCAAAGAUAGCGAACCUACUGGUGCAACUUCUGAUCUCUUUAAGGACAUGGUGAAUGCUGUUGAUGCAGGUGAUGCAGACCAGGUGACAGGCAAGUCAAUGUGUGCUAAGAUGCUGAUAAAGACGGUAGGAAGACGAGAUUUCAGUGGACCGGAGGCUUCCUUUGAACUGAGUGGGCUGGCACUUUGGCGAUGUAGCCGUCCAUUUACCUACUUGUCAAAGUCAGGGUCAAGGAGACUUGAACGUGAUGGUGAAACUGCAACUCGCAGCACCCCACUGGAUAAGUACCUUGCACGACCGCAAGAUGAACACUGUUCUUGGUACCACUUUCAUCUAAGAACGGUAAUGUUCCUGUUGUAAGUGGUGGUUCUACGCACGCAACGUGGCCACUGAAUGAAGACUACUGUAGGACCAUGCUCCUGUUACACUGGCCAAGCUGGUUUGACAUCAAAGAAGUGAAGGGGGAUGCAGAAUCUUGGAUUGAUCGCUUUAAGGACUUUUUGCAAGUGAUGACUGUCCAACAUCUGUGAAGGCCCAAGUUGCUAAGGCACGGCAUUUUGCAGACCACCCACAAGAACCAGUAUUUGAAGAGAAUGAGGAAGAUGAUGCUAUUGAAGCAGAAGAACAGCCAGACUAGGUGGAUGUAUAUGCAGGGCAGAACCAAAUGUAUGAGGGUGUAGAGAGGGACUUUGAUUAUGAUGAUGGGGGGGAGGACUAUGACUGGAGCAGUACCCGUAUUUUUCUUCCUGAACGAAAAGACCCAACAAAAUGGCUUCAACAAAGCAUUAAAGCACAUGAUGAACGGGAGACAGAAAGUACAGACCUUGAUUUACCUCAGGUGUGUCCGUUGUCUCUAAAUGAGAAUCAGAAAGCCGUAGUGGGGCUUGUGUUGCACACCUUGUACAACUUUGUUGAAAACACUGGAUAUUACCUUCCACUGCGGCUUGUUUUCUCUGGAACUGCUGGUACAGGAAAGUCUUAGAAAGGUUAGUGCGGCAAGUUUUCAAAGCCAAUGAUGCAAUACAGGUAAUAACUCCAACGGGGAAUGCUGCCUAUCUCGUUCAAGGCAGUACAGCUCACAGCUUUCUAGGAGUACCAAUAGGUGGAAGGCCCUGCAAUGAGUUGACUGUACCUACAGGUCCCUUACUAGAGAAAAUUCAGAAAAAGUGCAAAAAUCUGAAAUUCUGGUUGGGGAUGAACGAUCAAUGUUUGGACGCACAACAAUGGGCUGGAUGGAACAGCAUGCAUGUUAUGCAAUCAACAAAGGAGCCAAUGUAG